AAGUGAAAAAAAGAGAGAUUUUGAUUCAAUUCGUCGAAGGAAAGAAGAAUACGAGGGAUCAACGCGGCGUCUAAUCUGGUUCUGACUCGUCUUCAUCAACUUCGCUUCUAUUUCCAUCGAUUUCAGAUCAGAAAGUGGAAGCUUCAUCGUCGUUGAACCCACCUUCAAGUUGUGACUAACACUCAGCCGAGGCAUGUCUUGUUCAUCAUCGAUUUCAAUGGAAAUUGCAGACAAAGAGACUUCUCAGGAUAAUGUUGAACAGGUUGAAUUGUUGAGUGGAGUUUAUGAUCAUUAUGAUGGAGUCAUUGUAGAAAUGAAGGAAGCUAUGGAUCCAAAGGAGUUUGGCUCCUUGCUUAGAGCUUCACUAUCUCAAUGGAAACAGCUGGGUAAGAGAGGCAUUUGGAUCAAAUUACCUAUUGAACUUGCAAAUCUUAUUGAAGUUGUUGUUAAGGAAGGAUUCGACUUCCACCAUGCCGAAUGCAAUUAUCUAAUGCUUGUACGAUGGAUCGCUGAAACUACUAACAGUCUUCCUGCUAAUGCCUCGCAUCGUGUGGGCAUCGGUGCAUUUGUGAUGAAUAGUAAUCGAGAGCUGCUUGUGGUUCAAGAGCUCAGUGGCAUAUUCAGAGGCUCAGGAGUUUGGAAGUUACCAACUGGAGUGGUUAAUGAGGGAGAGGAUAUUUGUGAAGCAGCCAUUAGAGAAUUAAAAGAAGAGACUGGUGUAAGUAACAACAAGCAAGCAGUUCUAUAUAUAUAUUUUAAAAAAUCAAAUGUUUAUCAGUUUCAUUUGAAUUCCUUUCAGGUUGAUGCCGAAUUUGUAGAAGUGUUAGCGUUCAGGCAAAGCCACGCUUCGUAUUUUACGAAAUCGGAUUUGUUUUUCGUGUGCAUGUUACGACCGUGUUCCUUCGAUAUUCAAAAGCAAGCUUCAGAAAUUGAGGCAGCCAAGUGGAUGCCCAUUGAAGAAUAUGCAGAUCAACCCUUUGUAAAAGAAAACUCGGGUUUUGACUACGUCGCAAAAAUAUGUUUAGCAAGGGCAAACGACAGCUAUACCGGGUUCUCAGCAAAACCCGCAUAUUCUGCCUCUGGGAAAAGGACUUACAUCUACUCAAAACUCGAAAUUUGAACUCACAAUCUGUUAAGAUUCAGUGUACAGAUCAUUCAUUUGUGCAUAGAACAAAAUUUAUUGACUACUGGUUAAUAAGGGGAGGAUUCAAACCUCUAACCUUCUAAUCUUUUAGUCGAGAUUAUAUAUUUCAUGUUAUUUCUCUUCUUUUAUGUUAAAUUUCUCGAGAACUUUUAGUAUCUGAUUUCGUUAGAGCUAGGUUUAGAUUGAUGUUUGAAGUUUAUUUGUUAUCAAUAUUUGGAACUUUUUAUACCGU